AUGCCGAUUGAGGCCCUUCCUCAGAAAACAAUCCGGGCGAUUGGCUCCACAUCUGUUAUCUCCGAUCCCUACUCCGUUGUGAAGGAACUUGUAGACAAUGCCCUUGAUGCUUCUGCUACGUCGUUGCAAAUUGAAAUUUCACAAAACACCGUGGACGUCAUACAGCUCAAAGACAAUGGCCAUGGCAUCUCUCCAGAGGACCAGCAACAUGUCUGCAAACGAGCUUUUACCAGCAAGAUCCAGACUUUAGAUGAUCUGAAAAAUGUCGGUGGGUCAUCAUUGGGAUUUCGUGGUGAGGCACUUGCUAGUGUCGCGGAGAUGUCCGGUGUACUUGCUGUCACCACUCGGGUUGCGUCUGAAGUCGCCGGGUUAUGUUUGAAGUACGGAAAAAACGGAGAGCUUACUGGAUCACAGCCGACGUCACAUCCUGUGGGCACAACUGUCCGUAUCACGGACUUUCUCAAACACAUUCCUGUUCGCAGGCAGACUGCCUUGAAGGGUGCCGCGAGAAAUCUCACGAGAAUCAAAAAGCUUCUCCAAGCAUAUGCUAUAGCUCAACCAUCAAAGAGGCUCUCACUCAAAGUUCUCAAGGCAAAAAACGAAAACAGCAAUUGGACAUACGCACCAAGCGCAGACGCCUCGCUCUCGGAUGCAGCUCUCAAGGUAACCGGCACAGAAGUGUCCUCUUGUUGUGUCUUGAGGCGACUUUCCUCCCAUAGCACCACUGGGGACGAACGAGGAUCAUCAGAUCAGAAAGAUUAUGAGGCCAUCGCCUUUCUUCCAAAGACACAAUUCGACACCUCGAAGAUCAACAGUGCAGGCCAAUACAUUAGCGUGGAUGGCCGCCCUCUCUCUAGUAGCAGGGGCAUUGGACAUGAGCUUGUUAGGAUUUUCAAGCCAUAUGUUCGUGGCGCCGCAUCCAAAAACGAAUUCUCCAAAUCGGUUAUUGAUCCUUUCCUCUGCUUGCACAUCCGCUGUCCUCGAGGAACAUACGAUGUCAACAUCGAGCCAGCGAAAGACGAUCUGCUCUUCGAAGACCCAGAUGUAGUCUUGGGCUUGGUAGAGAAUUUGUUUCGCAACCACUACGGUAAAAUAGAAGGGGCGGAGACAAAAGCCUCCACGGAAGGCAAAGAGGGUGUUUGCAACCGCAAUGAAAGCUCAGAAGGGUUCGGGCUUUUGAUGGCUAGGAAGCCAGCUACAGAACCUGCGGAUCCUGACGACCCCUUCAGUGAGCCUAUACCCUUUACGUCUCUCUCACCGAAGCCGGUCUCGUAUCAGUGCGUCUUUUCGCCUGUAAUUCCUUCUAGCAGCAAGGGUCCCGAAAGUCCUAACGAAACGCUUACCUCCACAAAGAAACAUUCCAGGUUCGUCAAUCCGUGGUCUAUCUCGCGAAUCAAUGCCUCAUUUCAAACACCGCGAGGCGGAAGGGAUCCUCUGGACCAAACAAGUCCUGUACUUCUCUCUAGCAGUAGCCUGAAAGGGCCAACCCGUAGGGAGAGUGUUUCGCAAAAUAUCCAGCAUUUGCCAAACUCAGACAUGACAAGUCCGUUUACGUCGCCAGUGAGACGGCGUCGACAAGAUCCGCAAGCAUCGACCGAGUCAUCCGCUGAGACUAAUCGCAUUUCAAGCGCCCGGCACGCCGAGAGGGAACGUGAUCGAAAUCGAUAUGGGAACGGGGCUUUAGACACUUGGUUUCAGAGGACUACACAAGUCUCGCUAGAGCAAAACCUUGUUGAGGAAGGACCGACCCAAGAACCAGAUUCGCCGCUUUCUUUCCUUGCCCAGGAAAGAUUUGGAUUACCCAGGGACACUUCACCAAAUAUUGUGCAAGUGGAUGGGCAGAGUGAUGGUUGCUCAGACAGUCCAUCCAAGACUACCAUCACUCCAGAAGACACUCAUCAUCGGCAUGGCGAUCAUAUUCCAGAGUCCAUAGAUAGCGGUCGAGGACGUCCGGUCCUUGAAAGAUGGGCGGCUCAACUUCAUCGAGGCGUCAGUCAUGAUGAAUUGUCCGAUCUUGAGAAAGCACUUGACUUCGAAAGGCGGAAGAAAGAAGCCAUCCAGAACAGUCGCACACGCUUCGGGCGGGGCGAUAAACCAUCCACUUCACAGUCUGCCCCAGUAUCGCAUUCACCUCAUCGUAGUCGAUAUCUUGCCGCAAAAUCUGCGUUAACCUCGUCGCAAACUUCGGUCGGCGAACCGGUCUCUACCACAACGCUCUCUCCUCAUGAUCCCCGGGCAUAUCUCAUCCGCAAGGAAAUGGACCAUUCCACCGAUGAAUCCUCGAAGAAGGACAGCAAGGUUCGGAAACGACCCACCAACAGACUUCCCUUAGAACGUAUCCCCGAUGGUUGCGACCUGCAUGAUCUCGGGUUAACCUGCUCGGUUGACUUGUCUUCCGACUCGAACUCCUUCAGACGGAGUAUGCCUGAGGAUUUAUACACCGACGAAGACAACAAUGCUACAGCAUUCUCAGCAGCUGAUCUUGCAACCUGCUCGCCGUUCUGGAACGACCGGUUGAUGCUCAUUAUGAAGCAACGAUACAAGAACAAGGAUGGAUCGCCUUUUGGUAUUGAAAUUGACCUUGCUACCGUCAUUUCACGACAUUUGAGAAAUAUCGCAAACCACGAAAACAAUUAA